AUGUCAUUGCCUAGCACUCUUUGUAUGAUAGAUGAAUGUUUGAAAAUAUAUGUGAAAGACAGACAGACAGACAGACAGACAGACAGACUUGCCUCUGGUUGGGCUCAUUCAUUCCAUGUGCUGCUGGAUCGAUUUCCAACCCUACAGCCUUUGGUAACCUCAGUAAUCAAUGAAACAACAUCAUCAAUAGCACAAGAGAACAGCAUUAGUCAUCACCUACAGCAGUCCCUGUGUCCAGGUCAGGCCCUAUCAGAUCUCCUCUGCAACACCAAAGGGCUUCAGCACAAUUUGACUGAAAAACAGACAAAACUCAAAGUUCAGGACAUGAUUGAAAGAUCUGCGACCAAGGAUGCAGCUCGUUUGAGAUCUCUUCAAGGGAGGGGAUCAGGAGCCUGGCUAGAUGUCAUUCCCAGCUCAAGAAAGCUUGCAAUUUCCCCUGGAUUGUUCCGCCUGGCAGCUUUAUUGAGGUUGGGUAUGCGUUUGCCAUUGCCUCUGUCAGCAACCUUAUGUGAUUGCGGCACAGCCUUAGAUCCUGAAGGAUAUCAUCUGAUUACUUGUAAGACAGGUGGGGGACCAGUUUGGUCUCAUAAUUCAAUAGUCUCCGCUUGGUCCGAGUGUUUGAAACGCGUGUCUCUUCCCCAUACCGUUGAGCCAAGAGACUGUUACAGCAGCUCUCAGUCCAGACCCGAUAUUACCGUUUAUAAUGCAACCGACUUUAACGUUGAGCUCGACAUUUCCUUAGCCCACCCAUGGAGCACCGACAUAAUUUCAGUCGCAGCUACAACUGAUGGAUCUGCUGCUUCAAAAAGGGAGGGAAAGAAGAGAGAGAAGUACAGCAGAGAGACUCACACUAGUGGGGGUUCUCCAUGCCUAAUUCCACUGGUGUUUGAGCAUUAUGGCCGCUGGGGAAAUGCAGGAGAAAAGUUUCUCCAUCAAAUCUCUCUGCGAUCACGAGAUGAUGACGGCAAAGUGAACUCCAGCGAGUUCAAGACUUAUUGGAGACGAUUAAUGUCCAUUACUUUACAGUGGUGUAACAGUAUGGUUUUGGCGAAGAAGAUUGACAGAAUAGUGUGUAGAAAUGACUCCGUAGCUGGUUUUUACAGUUACCAGAGUGUACGUUAA